AUGUCCAGGGCAAACCUCGCGGCCUACCUGGCGAAGAACUACCUUACCGCCUCUGCUGCCUCUGACUCCCAACAAUAUACAUCUACCGGUGACUUCCAAGACUCGACACGGCCGAAGAAAAAGCGGCGGAAGAACAAAGAUCCCGACGCAAGCGGUGGACUGAUUGUCGCGGACGACGAUGACGAACUGUCCCUACGGGGAAGCUCGGUGCGAAGGAGAAACGACGAAGACGGUGAUGGUCUUGACGUGCCUACGUUCGAAACGGGCGUGAAAUCGGCCGAGUUCAGGAAGAAAAAAGGCGGAUCUGGAUGGAAGGUCAUUUCAAAUGCUAGAUCUACAUCCACAGGUCGAGAGACCUCAAACACCGAAGAAGGAGCAAAAAAUACUACUUCUGGCGAAGACGAUGCAGAGGCAGAAGCAGAAGCGGACCGUGUCCUCGCGGAAGCCGAACAGGAAGCCCGUCUCCGCCGUCGCCAGCUGGAAGACGAAGACGCCCCUGCUAUCAUCGAUAUUGCGCCCGAGGAGGCCGGCGGCAGUCCGCGCAUGCAAUCUGGCGCUCGAGCAGGCCUACAAACGGCGGCCGACACGGCAGCUCUGAUCGAACGAGAACAGCGUGAACGCGAUCUCGAGACGCGGCGGGAGCGAAAACAAAAAUCCAAAUCGAAAGAGACUCCACAUGAAGAAGAAACAAUCUAUCGCGACGCCACCGGUCGACGAAUCGACAUCUCAAUGAAACGCGCCGAAGCCCGCGCCGCAGCUGCCGAGGCAGAGCGCACGGAACGUCAGGCCCGCGAGGAGGCCAUGGGCGAUGUCCAGCGGCGCGAAAGAGAAGCCCGCAAACAGCAGUUGGAAGACGCCAGGUUCCUUACACUCGCGCGCGGCGUGGAUGAUGAAGAAAUGAAUGAAGAACUUCGCGGGCGCAUGCGCUGGGAUGAUCCGAUGGCCGCGUAUAUGGCGCAGAAGAAAACAGAAGCAGCCGAGUCUGUCGCCAUGACUCCCGCCAGCAGAAGCAAACAUGGAGCUCAGAACCCAUCUGCUGCGAAGAAGUCAAAGGUAUAUAAAGGGCCCGCACCGCCGAAUAGGUACGGUAUACUGCCUGGGUGGCGGUGGGACGGUGUCGAUCGAGGGAACGGAUUCGAGAAAGAGUGGUUCCAGGCUCGUGCGCGAAGGGGUCGCAAUGAGGAAAUGGAGUAUCAGUGGCAAAUGGAUGAAUGA